CGGAUCCCAUAUAGUCCCCCUCCCAACACUCUUCUCACAAAACCAUACAAACAAUUGAUGGCUUAUCCCAGGAGCAACCUAUCCUUAUCUUCACGCUCAUUCUAUACUUCCCCAAACACCCCAUCAUCAUCCUUUCCCAAGAACUGCCCCAUCCUCGUCUCUCGUGCCCGUACUUGCAUUUGCAUGUCCUCGUCCUCCUCGUCCUCGAUGCCCAUGUCGGUACCCACUGCCGCGCCCAUGAUCACAGCCAACGGUGCGCUACUCAAAUACAUACGUCAACCUACGCUAUUUCCUGUGGAACAGGAUGAGGGCAGCAAGAGGAGAGACUACUUGCUGGGGAAAGUUGGAAUGCAGCUGCAGAGCGCAGCAGCAGCCGUGGAGAAACUGAAACUAAUCGACACGAUCCAACGACUGGGGAUCGCCUACUAUUUGGAGGAUGGUAUCAAUGCCAUACUGCAGGCUGAGUUCUCCAAUGCCUUGUCUACGGACGACGAUCUCUUCACCACGGCUCUACGCUUCCGGUUGCUCCGACACAACGGCUUCCAGAUUAGUCCUGAUGUAUUCCUAAAAUUCAUGGACAAAAAUGGACAAUUCAAGGAGUCUCUAACCGACGAUAAAUUAGGGUUAUUGAGCUUGUACGAAGCAUCAUACUUGGGAAGUAAUGGAGAAGAAAUAUUGGAAAAAGCCAUGGAGUUAACCAAAACACACCUCCAACGCUCACUUCCUCAGCUGCCACCGCAACUCCAGGGGCAGGUGGCUCAAGCGUUAGAGCUCCCCAGACACCUGAGAAUGGCUAGGUUAGAAGCUAGGCGAUACAUUGAUCAAUAUGCUGCACAAAGCGACUGUGAUCAAGAACUUUUAGAACUAGCAAUAUUGGACUAUAACAAGGUCCAGGCUCAACACCAAAUGGAGCUGGCUGAAAUCACCAGAUGGUGGACGCAGUUGGGGCUGGUGGACAAGUUGACCUUCGCUCGAGACAGGCCAUUGGAGUGCUUCUUGUGGAGUGUUGGCCUGCUUCCUGAACCCAAAUACUCCACCUGCCGAAUAGAGCUCGCCAAGACCAUCGCCAUUCUCCUCGUCAUCGACGACAUCUUCGACACUUAUGGAAAAAUGGACGAACUCCUGCUCUUCACUGAUGCAAUCAGAAGAUGGGAUCUGGAGGCAAUGGAAACUCUUCCCGAGUACAUGAAAAUAUGCUACAUGGCGUUGUACAACACCACAAAUGAAAUAUGCUACAAAGUGCUCAAGGAGAAUGGAUGGAGUGUGCUUCCAUAUCUCAAAUCUACGUGGAUAGACAUGAUUGAAGGGUUUAUGGUGGAGGCGAAGUGGUUCAACGGCGGAAGUGCACCAAACUUGGAGGAGUACAUAGAGAACGGAGUUUCGACGGCGGGUGCAUAUAUGGCUUUGGUGCACCUUUUCUUCUUAAUUGGGGAAGGAGUGACGGACCACAACGCCCGUCUCUUGUUCAAACCCUACCCUAAGCUCUUCUCCGCUGCCGGCCGGAUUCUCCGCCUUUGGGAUGAUCUUGGGACCGCCAAGGAGGAAGAGGAACGAGGAGAUCUUGCAUCGAGCAUACACUUAUUGAUGAGAGAGAAGAAGUUAGCGACGGAAGAGGAAGGCAGAAGUCGCAUUUUGGAAGAUAUAUAUGGGUUGUGGAAAGACCUGAACGGGGAGCUGAUCGCCAAGAACGGGAUGCCACUAGCCAUCAUUAAAGUCGCACUUAACAUGGCCAGGGCUUCCCAAGUUGUGUACAAGCACGACGAGGACACUUACUUUUCUAGUGUAGACAAUUAUGUGGAGGCUCUCUUCUUCACUCCCCUUAGUUUUACAUAUAAUUGAGUCUCUCAUUAUAAGUUUGAAUAAUAACGUUUAUUAUUUCGAUAAAUAAAUUGAUAUGUAAAAAAUGAUGAUGGGAUAUGUUUACGAGUUAUAAUACAUACAGAUGUUAAUUGUACAUUUAUACCGAUCAAUUCCAUAUAAUA